AUGGCGUCCACCCAAACCCGGAUAGGCCAUCAGGCCUUGGUGGUGCUCGAUGUGGCUCUGCGGGUCCCGUGUAUUUUUAUUAUCGACGCGAUUUUUAACUCGUACUAUGACCCCGGGCCGGGAUGGGCUGGUACCGUCGGAACCGGCUUGCUCCGAGUUAUGGGUGUGCUGGUCUCCGCCGUGGUUCUGCUCCUAUCGCAAAAGGCCCUGUUCAAGUUCUACUCCCUUUUCCUGGCCGUGGCGCUGGCCGCGGCGGCCAUCCUGAUCAACUACCACGCCGCCACCCAUCCGGACCUGUAUGGAGCCUACUAUAAAACGGCGGGUUUCCGGCCGCCACGAAAGGGGCCGGCGCCGUGGCUGGCCCUGGUGACCGUGCAGCUGGCGUUGGGCGUGGGUUACGUCUACCUCCUGGGCCUGCGCUCGACGCAGGCGUCGCUGGUGAUCCUGGACGUGACUGUGCCGUCGUGGGGGAUGAUGAUGGAGCUGCCCCCGGACACGCGGCGCACGGCGGCCAUCUUGUCGGGCGGGGUCCUGGCGCUCAACACGGCGGCGUGCCUGGCAGCACGCCUCAAACAUUUCUACUACUCGUGUCGAUACGUGUACCUGCUGGUGCGUCACAUGUACCGCAUGUACGGCCUGCAGCUGCUGCUCAAGGACACCUGGAAGAGAAUCCGAUUCCCGGACGUGCUGCGGGUCUUCUGGCUGAGCCGCGUCACGGCCCAAGCGCUCAUCCUGGUGUAUGUGGUGCGGGCCGUGCGGCGGGAGAGCGAUGAUGAGAGUUUGGACUCUCAGGUUCAACCGCUGAGCUGGGACGUGUUUUGGGACGUGACGAGCAACCUGAUCAUCUCCGGCUGCGACUCCACGCUGACCGUUCUGGGCAUGAGCGCCGUCAUCUCGUCGGUAGCGCACUACCUGGGCCUCAGCAUCCUCACUUUCAUUGGUUCGACGGAGGAGGAGGAUAAACGUUUGGGCUUCGUGGCCCCAGUGCUCUUCUUCAUCCUGGCUCUGCAGACGGGCCUUAGCGGCCUGGACCCCGAGGAGCGCCUGGUCCGGCUGAGCCGCAACAUGUGCCUCCUGCUGACGGCCAUCCUGCACUUCAUCCAAGGCAUGACGGACCCGGUUCUGAUGUCGCUCAGCGCCUCUCACGUGUCGUCAUUCCGCCGCCAUUUUCCCGUGCUGUUGGUGUCGGCGGCGCUUUUCGCGCUGCCCGUGGCGCUCAGCCACAUCCUCUUGCGCCACUACGCUCUCAACACUUGGCUCUUCGCCGUCACCGCCUUCUGCGUGGAGUUGUGUCUCAAGGUGCUGGUGUCGCUGACUGUGUACGCCCUGUUUAUGGCGGACGGCCUGUCGGACACGCUGUGGGAGAAACUGGACGACUAUGUGUACUACGUACGCUCUACGGGGAACGUGAUGGAAUUCCUGUUCGGCGUGGUGAUGUUCGGCAACGGCGCCUACACCAUGAUGUUCGAGUCGGGCAGCAAGAUCCGCGCCUGCAUGAUGUGCCUGCACGCCUACUUCAACAUCUACCUGCAGGCGCGCAACGGCUGGAGGACUUUCAUCAACCGCCGCACGGCCGUGCGCAAGAUCCACUCGCUUCCCGAGCUGCGCGGCGAGAACCUGCGCGGUGUCGAGGACGUCUGCGCCAUCUGCUACCAAGACUUUGCCUCCUCGGCGCGGGUCACGCCCUGCCGGCACUACUUUCACGCGCUCUGCCUGCGGAAAUGGCUCUAUAUCCAGGACACGUGCCCCAUGUGCCACCAGAGAGUGCACGUGGACGAGCGCGCCAACGACGGGGACGCGCUCUCUAAUAACAACGCCCCGGCGCCGCCGCCCCCGGCCGACGACCCGCCCGCCGAGGCACCUCCGAUUGACGGGGCGGCGGCCGGAGGCGGGCCCGCGUCGGCGGGCGAUACGGACCGCGAGCCGUUGGAGGACAACGACAGCAUCGAGUACGACGACGACGACUGGGGCGUGCAAAACGGCGGCACGCCCGUCGAGGAGGAGUAUUUGAACGAUGACACGGACACCACCGACGAUUGA